AUGAGUAAUGCGGUGGGAGUCGCAUGGUUAAUCCCAUGCUCGGGGUUUCGAUUCUCGAGCAUGCUGUCGACGACCCUCCGGCCUCGAUGCCGCGAUCUUCGCUUACAGCCAAGCAGCAUACACAGCAGCGCAUUCAGUACCCUGCGCUGGUCUAGCUCACCAGGCUCCUUCCCUCGAUCCGGUCGACCCUUGAUCUCCCCCCUUUCACCUCGGCACUCCACGCCCGCGCCUCUCUACACCAGAACGAAAAGAACGCUAGCUCGUAAAUCCUCACGAAAACCUGACUCUUUGCCUAGCGCAAAUCUUGCCUCCGAAGCCGAGCUCAAGGCUGUUUUUCCCUCACAAAUUUCCACCAAAUUGGCCAAUCGCACCCUGGCAGUCUUGCAUGCGCGGAGGUUAGAGGGUACUCUGGAUUUGGAUCUCCCCGCGGAGAUCACUCGUGCCGUCACCCAACCACAACUAGACACUGCUUUGGAAUGGUUGCGGCAGAAAUACCCCAUUGAUGAGGACUCUGCUAUUCUAGCUCGGAUUGAACGGGAGGACCGACAAGCGGAGGAAAAGUUAGUGCGACGCGCCGAGCAGCUCGGCCUUUACAAGCCACAGAGCGGCUCAUACGAGGCUGAGCUCGGUGAGGGAAACUCGGUCUAUGGAAAGAGUGUUCUCAAAGAGGCACGUGAGAAGAAUGAAAAACGGUUGCUAGCCGAAAAGGAACGGAGGCGUCAGCAAUGGUUGGAAGGUGAACACAAGGACCAGGAGCGUUUGCAGCGCCAAAUUGAAGGCAGUAAAGCGCUGCAGCAAUACCAGGAGUCGGCUUUAAUGGAGGCGCGUCCGCGGGCGGACCCUAACGAACGGCCGUUGCUCGCUUGGGUUCAAAAGCACCAUAUUGCGGGAACGCAUAACCAAGCUGAUGCAGUGGAUAUGACGACGACCCAGCGCCUGCUAAGCUCUAUACUUUUCGCUAUCGGUGUCCUCGGCUGUUGCUAUGUAUUCGCCCAAAACUAUGAGGCGCCCGCGAGAAAGGAUCGCCUCUGGCCCAACGUUCCUCCGGCCGCGGCAACGGUGGGAGCUAUCAUUGGUGCCAAUGUCGCUGUUACCCUGAUGUGGAAAUACGUUCCACCCGCGUGGCGACUGCUGAAUCGCUUCUUCGUCAUUGUUCCCUUUUAUCCCAGCGCAGUGAGUAUGAUUGGCAGCACUUUCAGCCAUCAAACAUGGAGACAUCUUUCCACGAACAUGAUUGUGCUGGGUAUCAUGGGAACUCGAGUUCACGAUGAACUCGGCCGCGGAAACUUCUUGGCCAUCUACUUCGCCUCUGGUGCGAUCGGGUCCUUGGCAUCCUUGUCUCGCAACGUUCUAUUGGGAGCUCUUGCCACCUCUUCUCUCGGUGCCAGUGCUGCUACUAGUGGUAUUGUUGCCGCAUGGUGCAUGUAUCAUUUUGAUGACUCUCUUACCAUGUGGGUCCUCCCCGAUGGCUUUCAAGAUCUUAUUCGCACAGAGGGCUGGAUUUUCCUCUCCUGUCUUGUAGGUCUCGAGAUUCUGAGCAUGGUGACUCCAGCUCGUUUCCUACGAGUCUUUCCCUUAUCCAGACUUACCAAAAUGGACCAUGCAGCCCACCUCGGUGGGUACUUCGCUGGUGCUGGCUGUGGUUACUUUCUCGCGCAGAAAGAGAAGAAGUCCCGGGAGUCGACGUGGUUAGAGAAGCUUUUCCGCUGA